AGCUCACCCUGCAGCAGCGUCCUCUCCAGCGACCCUCUCUCAUCUGCGCGAAUCAAUCACCAAACAGCACGGCUUGACCGCGGAGGAGGCGCCUAGCCAAUCAGGGAACACACAGCUUCUGACGUACAAGUUUCGAGCAAUCUGAUUGGAUGACUUGGAGGCUUCGGCUUCACCUGAUUGCCUGAGCCGCGCGUCAAUUCGGCGCCUGCGACGCUGGAAGAACCUGCUAAAGAUGGAUGUUAAGAGGCGGAAUGGUGGGCCUAUGUUGGGCGGGGCCUCCCAGGCUAAGAGGGGUAAAAUGGGUACAGAAUGGGAGGAUGGCCCAUCCCAGUUUGAGGAAGAGCUUGCCCUGUUUGAUGACAUGGACAUGGAGGGGGAGUCAGGGGAAGGGCAGGCCGGUCAUGAUGUAAUACCAGUGGGUGAAUUAUUCUCUGCUGAUCUGAACCCUCGCUGGCGUCGACCUACUGCGCCUCCACUCCAGCCCGACAAAGACACACUCAUCUUCCAGCAGAUAGACUUGGACUAUUAUCUGGGCUCUGCAGUGGCUGGGAUGCCAGGACAGGUCCAGGGGAAGGUUCCGGUGGUCCGUAUGUUUGGAGUGACUGAUGGUGGGAACAGUGUCUGCUGUCAUGUGCAUGGAUUUGCACCUUAUUUUUAUGUCCCUGCUCCAGCUGGCUUUGCUCAUUCUCACCUGGUUGAGUUUCAGAAGGAGCUAAAUUCAGCUGUGGUGAAGGACAUGCGCUCCAAUAAAGACAACAUAUCAGUCACUGUUCUGGCAGUGGAUCUGACCCGCAAAGAAAGUAUGUAUGGUUACCAUGGAAGCCGUCCUCUGGACUUCCUGCGGAUCACCAUGGCGAUGCCACGUCUGGUUGCCCCAGCGAAACGUAUCCUGGAACAGGGCUUCAAGUUUGCAAACUUCUCCCUUCAGAGCUACUCUGCCUAUGAGGCCAACAUUGACUUUGAGAUCAGGUUCAUGGUAGACAGUGACGUGGUGGGCUGCUGCUGGAUUGAGCUGCCUAGUGGGAAGUACCAACUGAGAGAGGAGAAAAAUCCUGGAGGGGCAGACUCGGACACCCCGAGCAAGGUUUCUUUCUGUCAGUAUGAGGUGGAUGUGGGCUGGACAGAUUUGAUCAGUCAUCCAGCAGAGGGAGACUGGCAGAGAAUUGCGCCACUCAGGGUCCUCAGCUUUGAUAUUGAGUGUGCUGGCAGGAAAGGUGUGUUUCCAGAGGCUGAGGUGGAUCCUGUGAUUCAGAUCGCCUCUAUGGUGCAGCGUCAAGGAGAGAAGGAGCCCUUUAUCCGUACUGUUUUUACGUUACAGAGCUGUGCUAGUAUAGUGGGUUCUCAGAUCCUCUGCUUCACUCAAGAGAAGCAGCUACUACAGAGCUGGGCAGAGUUUGUGAGGACAGUAGAUCCGGACAUCAUCACAGGAUACAAUAUUCAAAACUUUGACCUGCCGUACCUACUGAACAGAGCUGCCACUCUAAAGGUAAAUUUCUUCCCCUAUCUGGGUCGAAUGAGGGGCAUUAAGUCUGUUCUGAAGGACUCCAGCUUCCAGAGCAAGCAGAUGGGUCGUCGAGAAAACAAAACUGUCAACAUGGAGGGAAGAGUGCAGUUUGACCUUUUGCAGGUACUGUUGAGGGACUAUAAGCUGCGCUCAUAUACUCUCAACGCAGUCAGCUUCCACUUCCUGCAGGAGCAGAAAGAGGAUGUUCAACACUCCAUCAUCACUGACCUACAGAAUGGGAAUGAGCAGACGAGGCGGCGUUUGGCAGUUUACUGUCUGAAGGAUGCAUACUUGCCACUGCGCUUGCUGCAGAAGUUGAUGUGUGUGAUUAACUACAUGGAGAUGGCCAGAGUGACUGGCGUGCCUCUGACCUACCUGCUGUCCCGUGGCCAACAGAUUAAAGUAGUGUCACAGCUAUUGCGACAGGCUGUGAAGCAGGGCUUGGUUAUGCCAGUAGUCAAAACUGAGGGAGGGGAAGAUUACACUGGAGCCACAGUCAUUGAACCAGAAAAAGGGUAUUACAGUGUUCCCAUAGCCACUCUGGAUUUCUCCUCACUGUACCCUUCAAUUAUGAUGGCUCAUAAUCUGUGCUACACUACCCUGCUGCAGAAAGGGCAGGUGGACAAACUGGGUCUCUCUGCAGAGGACUUCAUUAAGACUCCUACAGGAGAUCUGUUUGUUAAAAGCUCGGUGAGGAAAGGCCUUCUGCCUGAGAUCCUGGAGAACCUGCUGAGUGCCAGGAAGAGGGCAAAGGCUGAGCUGAAGAAGGAGACUGACCCCUUUAAGAAGCAGGUGCUGGACGGCAGGCAGCUUGCUCUGAAGAUUAGCGCAAACUCUGUGUAUGGUUUUACUGGGGCACAAGUGGGCAAACUGCCCUGCCUGGAAAUCUCACAGAGUGUGACAGGCUUUGGCAGACAAAUGAUUGAACAGACUAAACAGCUUGUGGAGUCCAAGUACACCAUUGCUAACGGAUAUCGGGCGGAUGCCAAGGUCGUCUAUGGAGACACAGACUCCGUUAUGGUGAAACUGGGUGUGGACACAGUACAGGAAGCAAUGACUCUUGGAAAGGAUGCAGCUGAUUGGGUGUCCUCUCACUUUAUUCCACCAAUCAAACUGGAGUUUGAGAAGGUGUACUACCCCUACCUGCUGAUCAAUAAGAAGAGGUAUGCUGGCCUGUAUUUCUCAUCCAGUGCAGAACAUCAUGAUAAAAUGGACUGUAAGGGGAUAGAAACUGUCAGACGAGACAAUUGCCCCCUAGUGGCCAACCUCAUCAACACAUGCCUUCAAAAGAUCCUCAUAGAGAGAGACCCUGAUGGAGCUGUAGGCCAUGCUAAAGAGGUGAUCUCAGAUCUACUAUGUAACCGGAUUGACAUUAGUCAGCUGGUCAUUACCAAGGAACUGACACGCACAGCGCAGGAGUAUGCAGGCAAACAGGCCCAUGUCGAACUCGCCGAGAGGAUGCGCAAGCGAGAUGCAGGCAGUGCUCCUAAUCUUGGCGAUCGAGUUCCAUACGUCAUCAUUAAGGCAGCCAAAGGAGUAGCAGCGUACAUGAAGUCAGAGGACCCCAUUUAUGUACUGGAGAACAACAUACCUAUUGACACCCAGUACUACCUGGAGCAACAGCUGUCUAAACCUCUACUGCGCAUUUUUGAGCCUAUACUGGGAGAGACUAAGGCUGAGAGUGUUUUGCUCAAGGGAGAUCACACACGCUGUAAGACUGUGCUGACCUCCAAGGUGGGUGGCCUCAUGGCCUUUGCCCAGAAACGUAGCACAUGCAUCGGCUGCAGAGCUGUUCUCAAAACAGAUGCUGCUGUCUGUGAUUUCUGCAAGAAGAAAGAGUCAGAGCUCUAUCAAAAAGAGAUUGCUCAUUUGUCAGCUCUGGAGGAGAAAUUCUCUCGACUGUGGACUCAGUGUCAACGCUGCCAAGGAUCCCUGCAUGAAGAUGUGCUAUGUACCAGCCGAGACUGCCCCAUAUUCUACAUGAGGAAGAAGGUUCAGAAAGACCUCAGUGAUCAAGAGAAGCUUGUGUCUCGUUUCGGCUGGUGAGGGAAACCGGGGCGUUCCCUUAUUCUCAAUCUGCUCCAUUCUGAAAUGGUGGCUUUUUUGUGUACCAAUUUGUAAAAAAUAUUAAAUGCCUUUUUUUUUUUAACACUGAAAAGAAAUAAAAUUGAGGUUUUGUAAAUGCUA